AAAAGCACCCUUCCAGAUACCUGGGUGCGAUUGUAACCUAUAGCAACUAGGUGAGGCCAAGAUGAUAAAUUAUUGAAAAAGCACCCUUCCAGAUACCUGGGUGCAAUUGUUAAAAGAAAAUCAACCACAUAAUGUUAAUAUUUCCAUCCUCCUAAUUCUCAGUGUCAUACCAAAUUGUUUUCUAUCCGUCCCCGAUUACCAAUCUCUUUCAAAUUUGUGAUAGUGUCUGCAACCAUCUCAUGAAGAGGAAAUCUAUAUUUCCUUCUUCGCUAAUUACACCCAAAUAGUUAAAUUGUUGUUAAUCAUCCCAAUCUAAACCGUGUAGCUACUUAAACAUCUAUUGCGAGUUGGGUUUUUCAUAUCAAUUGUUAUGGAGUUAGCGAGCUUUAGAACAUGUUGCAGAACUUACAAUGGAAAAUCAUAUCCUCUUUUCAAUUUGAAGAACACAAUAACAAGGAGACAAUCAGAUGUAAAAUGGAACCGUGCACAGGCAUUGCGUACAGUGACAACUUCACUUCGUUGCAGACUGCCCACAUUUUCAUUUAAAUGCUCGCAGGAAGACGCAGUUUCUGAAGUCAACGAAUCUCGGAAUGAGGACGAGGAGACCUUAUUUCUGGAGAGAAACGGAAGAGUGAUUGCUUCUAACUUGAAGGGAUCAUGCUUAUUCAUUGUUGGAAUGACGACUAGUAUAAAAUCAGCUGUGGCAAAGAAAAUAUCUGAAGUUCUAGGGUAUUACUUCUUUGACAGUGAGAAGCUGGUGGAACAGGCAUCAGGAGAAUCGUCUGCCGCUUGGAAACUGAAAGAAAAAGAUGAAGAAGGAUUUAGAGAUUCUGAGAGUGAAGUACUGCGGCAAUUAUCUUCUAUGACUCGUCUAGUUGUUUCAACUGGUGAUGGUUCUGUUGUUCGUUCCAGCAAUUUGGGCUAUAUGAGAAAUGGAAUCACAAUAUGGCUAGAUAUACCUUUGGAGGCAUUGGCAAAGGAAAUGGUGGCAGAAAGGGUUGAAACCCAAGGUCAUUUUGCCCAAACAACUGCUGGAUCAUAUUCUCAGGCUUUAGAAAGGCUCUCCAAACUUUUGGAGGAGAGAAAAGGAGGAUAUGCCACCGCAGAUGUAAAAGUAUCAUUGCAAAAAAUUGUAGAUGAAUCUGGUUAUGAGAAUAUCUUUUCAUUGACUCCAACUGUUAUUGCAAAUGAGGUUCUGAAGGGAAUAAGCAAACUUUUGAGGUAUAAGGAGCUGCAGCAAGCUGCAUCUGCACCUGCAAUACAGCGGAAUAUCAGAUAAAGUAAUUUAUUGUGCUAUAUACUCAUUUUCCCUCUAUAAUCUGAUCAUAAACUUCUGAUAAAGUCAUCUUAAAUUAUAGCCAGUGUGAAACUUAUUUUUGGAGUUGUACAUGGAUGAAACUUGGUACGUAUUUCUGUAGUCAUUUUGAUUCCUUGAUCAUUGCUGGUGGAUUAACUUCUGCAGAUGUCCUUAAAGUCCACAUUGAAAAAUUGCAAAUAUAGAGAAAUGCAUGCCUUGCUAAUUCUAUGGACUUGCAAAUUCUUACUGAGAUUCAUGUAUGUUCCAAUAGGAAGCAGGUCAAUAACUGUAUGAUCCAUGGUAAAGUUGUGAUUACUCUUGAGCCAUCUGAUUCAAUAUUGAGGUUUCCAGCAAAAUCUUUUGUAUACUAAUAAAGAUGUGGCAAUUGCACAACCUCCAUAGUUUUGUAGGAAGCUUGUUAGUGUAAAAUUCAUAAAUAUGUAAAAGAGCAUUAAGGAAUAUAUUGAAGGGUUAUUUAUUAGUCAAUUUACGAAGGAGAUAUUAUUUAUUGUUCUAUUUUAGCUUGGAAAAUUCCUAUAGUUAUCAGGAAGUAUGAGUGUGUAAAAUUCUCAAGUAUGUAAAAGAGAAUUACAGGAAAUAUUGAAGAGUUUGUCUAUUACUCAAUUUAAGAAAGGGUCCACUCUUUCUUGUUCUGUUUUUUA